CCUCCACUAUGUCCCAAGUCCCAACCACAGCAAUGCAGCUUUUUGCUCUGUCGCGAAUUGUGAGUCCUUUACUCUAUUAUUAGAUGCUCUCCCAUCCCACGGUUCAGAUCAAACCGCACGCUGGCUAAUACUCUCAUAAGUCUCAUUACAUAUUUUCUUCUUGUCUCUACUAAAAACCAACUUGGUAGGUUCAAGAAUUAUUAAUUCUUGAAGCACCCAGAAAAGACAGAACGCCAUGCUCUCAUCACUUCCUGAUAUGAUGGAGGACUCAUGGGAAAACUGGCUCUCUCAUCUGGGAAUGAAUGAUGAUUUUAGCUGCACCAACGCUGUAUCCUCUGAAGAGAUGGUUAGGUUGAACAAUGAUAGCUCAAAUGUUGUAGCAGCGAUUGGACCAAAAGUGGAAUACACUGACUCCUAUUUGAAGAGCAGUGAAGAGAAAUUAGGAAGUUGUUAUUGGCGUAAAAGGGGUGUGGAAAACCAUGAGUUGGAGGCAAAGGCAAGGGAUAAUGAGAGAGGAACAAAAAGGGCAAGAACCUCUUCUGAGACACAAUAUCAUGUGAUGUCAGAGAGAAAAAGGAGACAGGAUAUAGCAGAGAAAUUCAUAGCACUCUCAGCUACUAUACCUGGCUUGAAGAAGGUAGACAAGGCUACGGUGCUUCGGGAAGCCCUUAACUACAUGCGACAACUUCAACAGCGUAUAGCAGUGCUGGAAAAAGGGAGCAAUAAUAAAAGUAUAAAGUCAUUGAUCAUCACGAAAUCACGUCUUUGUUCUGCUUCAUGUGAAACAAACUCUAAUGAAGUGCUCCCUCAAGUUGAAGCAAGAGGUUUAGAGAAGGAAGUACUCAUUAGAAUCUAUUGUGAGAAACGAAAGGACAUCAUGCUCAAGCUUUUGGCCCUGCUAAAAGAUGUUCAUCUAUCAAUAGCCAGUAGCAGCAUAUUGCAAUUUGGAAACUCUAUUCUCAACAUUAUCAUAAUUGCUCAGAUGAGUGAGAAAUACAACUUGACGGUGAACGAUUUGGUUAAGACCUUAAAGCAGAUCUUUUGAAGUUGUAAUAUAAUGUAUGAGAUGUAACUUCAUGUGUAAUCGACUUCUCAAAUAUUUGUUUAUUGAGUUGGGAGUUCUUAAUUAUUGAGGAGGUAGCUGCGUGCGUUUUGAUUUUUUCUUCUUCUUUGAAAUACUACAAUAUGGCAUGUAACAACACUGAUGUCGGGAGAAAGGAACGAAAGGAAAGGAAAGCAGCCAAGGCCAAACUAAACUCAAAGCUAGGUUUGCUGGAACAUAUAUAUAGAAGUCCAAUCCUUCUAUUUGCAUGAUAGAGGAUUAUUCGCGUUUACUUUAUUUUCGUUAAUAUAUGAUUGAUUUGGUUUGAGUU